AUGGCUCCGAAGAUGGCAAAGACGACCCUCAGCACAGUCACGCCGUCGAAGGAGGAGCUGGCCAAAGCUCGAGAGAUACUCGCACAGGCAGCGCACGAUUUUUCAAACAGGGCACUGUCUGCAGACGGUAAGGAGCUGGCCUCGAAGAAGCAGUCGAUGAAGCACUUCCUCCUCUCGAACCCAGACGCUGCAGCUUCGUCGGCGAAAGGCGCUACCAAGAUGGCGUUUCUAGAGAAGUUCCUCGUGCACCAGCUGAGGUGCAAGGAUACAGAGAAGAAGUCGCUCAGCGAGAAGACGAAGAAAACAUCUAACAUCACGUACAAUGACGUUCAGUGGAUGUCCCAGGAUAAGAUGGACGCUGAGUUAGGCGAGGCCAAGGCCAAGCAUUGGCGCGAGCGUGGCAAACUCAGGAGCAGGCCUGAUCGCCUCACAGGCUCCACGGACCCACUGCUGGUGGAGUGGCCUGUGCCUACCGAGUGGCAGCGGAUGAGCGACGAGGACAUCCACACCUUCAUGCUGCAGGUCUCGGGCGACGCCGACGAGGAGGACCUCGCCACGUUCAACAGUGCCAUGGCGGCGAGCUCCGAUGUGAAGAUCAAGGAGGAGCCCGAGACAGAGACGAUGAAGAUGGCCAAGCGCGUCGAGGAGCUUCGGGCUGGUGUGCAGGAUAAGCUUCGCGUGUACCAUGACAUGCACGUCGAUGCCAAGGUGAUCAAGACUAAGAUCGGAGCAUCUUCCGACAAUGGUAAGUACUCUGAGACCUUCGUGAAAGACCUCGACAAGCAUAUUGCGAAGCUUGCGAGGGCCACCAAAAUCCUGGACAGGAUGUGCACCGAGGAGGUGAACGACACUGAGCUGCCGAAAUUGAUCAACACCUUGGAUGCCAUUGACAAGGAGGACGUUUCCAUCAAGGAGUGGGCCGUCAGGUUCAAUGCCUACACCCCGAAGCCGACUGGGGAGGGUGGCAACAAGCGCAG